AUGAUGGCCUCAAAUCCAGCCUCGGGCUCUGAGAUGCAGAUCUCAGCUACUCAGAUCCCGUCCUCCUCGCCCGUGCUUCCCACACGCACGGCAAGCGAGACCAUCGGCGGCACGCCCACCACCGUGAUCACGCAGUCGUUCGCAGACCGCAUCAUGGUCACCAUCACGCAGCUCAACAAGUUCGGCUGCAUCUACCAGGCCACCACCUCCAUCAAUCCUGCCGACCCACUACCCCAGCACGAUGAAGCAGGCGCGUUGCCGGCACCACUACCGACGACGGCAGUGACCAAGCUCGUGGGCACCGAACCCUCGCCCGCCUACACGGCGCUCUACCACCUCUACAUCGCCCAACUCGCCAGCAUCGUCAAGCAUGCCGCACCCACAGAUCAACGCCCCCUCAUCGUCACGCUUGCUCUCAAACCUACAGCUCAGGAGCAGCAGGAUGAUGAGGAUGAUUCGCUCAUGUCCAGCGAGGCGGAACGAUCGAGAUACAUGACAAUCAUGAACAUGGUCGCCAGCUGCAGAGUCUGGUAA